AUGGCCGCACUCCGCGCGACUUCCAGAUGGGCAGUCUCAGGUACCCCAAUCCAGAACAGCCUGCUCGACUUCCACGGUCUCUUCAAGUUCCUUCAUUUCGCACCAUACGACGAUCCAAAAGUGUUUGAUGAUGAUAUCUCGAGCAUAUGGCGAAGAAAGUCCAUCGAAGAGGCCGGCGAGACGUUCAAGAAAUUGCUGUCGUGCAUGAUGAUCCGCCGAACGAAGGCUAUCCUGGAUUUGCCCAGCAAAGACGACCGUUUGGUGCGUGUGCCAUUCAAUCACGAGGAAGAAAGACAUUAUCGCCAAAUAGAACAACCGGUCAUGGAUAUGCUAGACCGCAACACUGGAGACGACAGCCAAACCCAGGUCCCUUGGAUGACUGCUAUACAGCAGAUCAACAAGCUGCGUCUUAUCUGCAAUCUAGGCGUCUUCAUUCCUUCGCAAUUCGACUGCACCUCGCAACCGGGCAAUCUUGAUGACAAGACAACCGUGAUGAAUGCACGCUUCUCAAUGGACGGAGGAUCCUGCGAACUGUGUCUCCAGCCAGUCGAGACAUUAACUUUCGGCCGUGAACUCUGUAAUCCUACACAACCACAAGUAUACCAUUCAGCUUGCAGCAAGUUCUACUGCGCCGAGUGCGCUGCGAGCCUCCAGUAUCGAUCACCUGAGCCGUGCGCAUGUAUGGAAAAACCGAAACCGUGUCGACUCCGUCCCUUGGCAUCCUUCUUAGCUACUCCCAGUCUUACGCCUACCGACAGCCUUUCUCCCUCAUCCAUGGAUUGGGACUACAGUAACGACAUUUCAAGCAAAGUAUGGGCGCUCAUCUCCCAGAUCAAGUCGCGUCCACAGGAAAAGCAGUGA